CUCCUCGACGCCCUCGUCCUCCUCCACCACCGACCUCGCACGACGCGGAUCCUUCCCAGUUCAGCAGUGGGCCGCCACGACAAUACGACCGUCUUCAUUGCAUCGGUUCACAGAAACACGGGGAAAAUCCUCCCGGUAUGGAGCGCUGCUGCACUCGCUCUCGUCGACCAUCUCGGUCCCGACAAGGUGUACUUCUCCGCCCUGGAGUCUGGGUCGCAGGACGACACCAAAGAAAAGCUGGCCGGCCUGAAGGAGCAGCUGGAUGCGCGGGGCGUACCUAAUACUGUCAGCCUGGGCAUGACGGUCUAUGAACAGCUGGAUGAGAUGUGGGCGCGCCCUGACCCCUCCGGGCCGCGAGAACAAGGCUGGAUCUGGAACCAGGAGGAUCAGGUGUACGACCUGCGGCGGAUCACAUACCUUGCUGGCGAGCGCAAUAGGGCAAUGCAGCCGAUGCGGGAGCUGGAAAGACGGGGCGUGAGAUUCGACAAGCUCUUGUGGAUCAAUGACGUGGUUUUCAGCGUGGAAGACUUUGUCACGCUGUUGCAUACCCGCGACGGCAGCUACGCAGCAGCAUGCGCCAUGGAUUUCAAGUACUCGUCGACCUAUUAUGACACAUUUGCGUUGCGCGACUAUGACGGUCAGAAGACGGUCAGCAGCUACUGGCCCUGGUUCCUGAGCCCGACCUCCAAAGAAGCAGCUCUGCGCAGCGAGCCCAUGCGUGUCGAGUCUUGCUGGAACGGCCUGAUUGUUUUCGAUGCGGAACCUUUCUACGGCGAACAGGCGCUCCGGUUCCGAGCGAUCCCGGACAGCCUGGCGGAUCUACACCUCGAAGCGUCCGAGUGCUGUCUCAUACAUGCGGACAACCCUUUGGCAGCGAGGCCAGAUAAAGGGGUCUGGCUCAAUCCCAACGUCAGGGUCGGCUACAGCGCUUCUACGUACAGAGCAAUUCAGGGUAAGGCAGGGUCUGUGUACCCAGGGACGUUUACGACCGUCGUAGGCGCCUGGGCGAACCGUUGGUUGCGUUGGAGAGCGACAUUGCAACAGCACCUCGAAAAGGUGACGGUCCUGAAGAGAGUGAAGCAGUGGAGAGAAGCCACACCGCAUGGUGAGCCAUUGAGAAGUGAGCCUGGGACCUCGUGCCUCAUCAACGAGAAGCAGAUCAUGUGGAUGAACGGCUGGAAACACUUGUGA